AUGCCCCCCCCCCCGGUGCCACCGUCCCGUGGGAGCUGCGCAGCCACAUCACCACGUGGCGCUGCCCGUCUCGGACCCGCUCCCGCCCCCUGCUGGACAUCAGGCGCCCUGCAGAGCUCGGGGGGAGCGCAGGUGAGUGACAGCCAGGGCGGGGGCCCGGGCAAGGAUCGCAGCGCCGCCGAGAUCCAGGCGCAGCCCCGGAGCACCAGCCGGAGCGCCGCCACCAUCUCCUGCCUCUCCGCCGCCACCGCCGCCCCGCCAGGCUUGCCAAGAAGGCUCCCGGCGCACCUCCGGGGGGGGGGGGAGCCCGGGCAGAUCCGUUGGCCGGGGGACGGCUCUGGGAUCCUCCUCGCCUGGGGGGCGCCUCUCGGCAGCCCCUCGACGCCGCCGGCAAAGCCUGCGCCUCCCCCUUCGCCUCCGCCGCCCGGCUGGGGUCCCGCUCCGAGCCCUUCGACGCCCGCUUCGCCCAGGCAGGUCCCGCGCAAGGCACCGGCCGCAGCCCCGACGGCGGCCCCGCUCACCUGCUCCGGCGCCCAGGCAGGCGAGCAGCAGCACCAGCAGCCCGGCCGCCUCCAUGGCGCGGCGGGGGCGUCGCUCGGUCGCUCGGUCGCGGAAGGGGCGUCAGCGGCGCCCGAAGCCCAAGAAGCGCCCGGCCCGUCCGCGCUGCCCGCCGGCUCGCUCGCUCUGCCGCCUGGCUGGCCUGCGCGGGGCUGGCCUUGGCCAAAGGGGCGGCCGCUCGUGCGCUCCGGCCCGGCCCCGGCCCGGCUCCAGCCCGCCACAGCCCCAGCCCCAGCCCCAGCCCCAGCCCCAGCCCCAGCCGGCCCGGGGCUCCCCCCGCCCCGUCACGCCCCGGCCCGGCCCCGGGAGGGGGUGGCGCGGCCAGGCGCUCCUGGCAGGUGGAGGGCUGCGCGGGGGGGGGGAAUCCCUCCCUGCUCCGGAGGCGCCAGACCCUGGCCAGGAAAAGCCCCCCCCCCCCCAGCCGUGCCACAUGCCACCUUCGGGAGCGCAGACUGGCACGCCCGCCCCCCCCAACACACUGCCGCUCCACCCCCCUCUUCUGGUACGCGGAGCGCAAAGACGGAGCCCGGGGGGCCGAAAGCGGGAGGGGCCGGGGGUGGGAUGUCUUUGCAGCUCGCGAUCGAGUCCUUCCCCCUGCUGGACCCCCCCAACAGCCCCCCAGACAAUCUCUGCCGCUUGCUUGGCAGGGCCCGGCCACCCCCGGGGAGAGGGAUGCGCAUGUGGCCUCUGGAGCGUGCCAGGCGAGGACCUCGGGUUACCCCAUCCGCACGUGCACAUCGAGGAGGCCCUGAAGGGAGGAGAAGCGCCGCCCACUGCCUCCCCCCCCCGGCGCAAUUGCAGGAGGGCUGUGCCCCCCCCCUCCGCGGUGCUUCGCGAUCCGGAGCCGGGCGCGGCGUUCCCCCUGAGGCCGCGCCAGAGAUCGCUACGGGGCGUGGGAACCUCGGCGAAGAAAAAGGGAGUGGAGAGCCUAAAACGGGCCUGACCGAGGGAGCUCCGGGCCAGAAACUCGCGCUGGCCCCCAAGGUGCUCUCGGGCCCGAGCAAUGGCCCGGCCCGCCCGGCCCGGCCCUGCGAGGAGGCCUGGAGGCGGCGAGGCGCGCAACCCACCAGCGGCCUUCCUCGGGCCAAAUGUCCCCAAAGAGGGUCUUCAGGAGGGGCGAGCGGAUUUGCCUGGACGGGCCCGAGUGGGCGCCGACGGGGCCCCCGCGGGCCUGCUCAGGCGCAAGGCGGGCGAGCCAGGGGCAAGGCGCGCCUUCCUCCGCUCGAGCGCAAACGGAGCGACUUCCGUGGCGUCUCCUUGAACCAGCCGGGCGCCAACCGCCUCCCCUGA